AUAUUUCCCGUUGUUUCCGGUGUUGUGAACGUCCCUGGAAACAUGGCGGGCAGCAUCCGCGGCCGUCCGAUCCGGAGUCUUCGGAUGCGAGGUCGGAAUGACAGCGGGGAGGAGAACGUACCGCUCGAUCUGAGCAGAGAGGCGUCCGACAACCUGCGCGAGAUCCUCCAGAAUGUGGCCAAGCAGCGGGGCGUCUCGAAUAUGCGGAAGCUGGGACACCUGAACAACUUCAUCAAGCUCCUUUGCAGUGUUGGCCACUCGGAGGAGAAAUUUGGAUUUACAUACGAAGAAAUCAUCAUCUGCCUGCGGUUGGCUCUCCUAAAUGAAGCCAAGGAGGUGCGGGCGGCAGGCCUGCGAGCUCUGCGCUAUCUCAUUCGAGACAGCACCAUUCUCCAGAAGGUUCUGCGACUCCAGGUGGACUACCUAAUAUCCAGGUGCAUCGACAUCCAGCAGAGCAAUGAGGUUGAGCGGACGCAGGCACUUAGACUGGUGCGAAAGAUGAUCACUGUGAAUGCGCUGCUGUUCCCCAGCUCCAUCGUUAACUCCCUGAUCGCAGUGGGUAAUGAUGGGUUGCAGGAGCGAGACCGCAUGGUGCGGGCGUGCAUCGCCAUCAUCUGCGAACUGGCCUUGAAGAACCCAGAGGUGGUGGCGCAGAGGGGGGGCCUCAGCACCAUCCUGAAGAACGUGAUCGACUGCCAGCUGAGCCGCAUCAACGAGGCCCUCAUUACUACCAUCCUGCACUUGCUCAACCACCCACACACUAGGCAAUACGUGCGCUCUGACGUGGAGCUGGAGCAAAUCCUGGCACCUUACACCGACUCUCACUACAGGCACAACCCGGACACUGCUGAAGGCCAGCUCAAAGAGGACAGAGAGGCACGGUUCCUCGCCAGCAAGAUGGCCAUCGUGGCGGCCUUCCGCUCCUGGUCAGGAAUCAUUAACUUGUGUAAGCCAGGCAACUCUGGAAUCCAGUCUCUGAUUGGCCUGCUCUGUAUACCAAACAUGGAUGUGCGGAGAGGGUUAUUAGAGGUCCUGUAUGAAAUCUUCCGACUUCCCGUUCCCGUUGUGACGCAGGACUUCAUCGAAGCUCUUUUCAGCGUCGACCCCAGCAGGUUUCAGGAUAGCUGGAGGUUGUCUGACGGCUUUGUAGCUUCUGAGGCCAAAGUCAUCCUUCCGCACCGAGCGAGAUCCAGGCCUGACCUGAUGGACAACUACCUUGCUCUGGUUCUGUCUGCCUUCAUCAACAGUGGCCUCCUGGAGGGCUUGGUAGAGGUCAUCACCAGCAGUGACGACCACAUCUCUGUCCACGCCACCAUUCUCCUUGGGGACCUUCUGCACAUGGCCAACACUAUCCUCCCCCACUCGCACAGCCACCACCUGCACUGUCUGCCCACACUCAUGAACAUGGCUGCCUCCUUCGACAUCCCACAGGAGAAGCGGCUACGGGCCAGCGCCGCUGUCAACUGCUUGAAGCGUUUCCAUGAGAGGAAGAAGCGCGGGCCAAAACCGCACAGCCUCUACCUGGACCAGGUGGUCCGCAAAGCGAUGGCGGCGCACCAACGCAGGGACCAACAUCUCCGCGUGCAGAAGGACAUCUAUGUGAUCAAGGACACGGAGGACGCGCUCAUGAUGAACCUGCGAGACAGCCAGAUUCUGAACCACAAACAGAACCUGGACUGGAAUUGGGUUCUUAUCGCCACCAUCCUGAAGUGGCCAAAUGUGAACCUCCGGAACAAUAAAGAUGAACAGAUGCACAAGUUCGUGCGCAGGCUCCUCUACUUUUACAAGCCGAGCAGCAAGCUCUUCGCCAGCCUGGAGCUCGACCACAGCAAGGCAAGGCAGCUGACUGUGGCCGGUUGUCAGUUCAUCGAGUUCCUGCUGGAGUCCGACGAGGAUGGCCAGGUGUACCUGGAAGACCUGGUAAGGGACAUCGAACAGUGGCUGUCCUCCUCCUCCGGGCUCAAGACGGACCGCAGUCUCCAGAGCAACGGGCUUCUCACCACUCUGAGCCAACACUACUUCCUGUUCCUGGGCACGCUGUCUGCCCACCCCCAUGGCGUUAAAAUUCUGGAGAAAUGCAGCAUCUUCCAGUGUCUGCUAAGCCUGUGCUCGCUGAAGAACCAGGACGCCACGCUCAAGCUGACGGUGUCCGCACUGGACUACAGCCGCGACGGACUGGCUCGGGUCAUCCUCUCCAAGAUCCUCACAGCAGCUACUGAUAACUGCAGGCUGUAUGCCACCAAGCACCUGCGGGUGCUGCUACGUGCCAACGUGGAGUUCUUCAGCAACUGGGGCAUCGAGCUGCUGGUCACACAGCUGCAUGACCGCAACAAGGCUGUCUCCAUGGAGGCACUGGACAUCCUGGAUGAGGCCUGCGAGGACAAGGCCAACCUUCACGCACUGAUCCAGAUGAAACCUGCGCUCUCUCAUCUCGGUGACAAAGGGGUCCUGCUACUCCUACGGUUCCUGUCCAUUCCAAAGGGCUUCUCCUACCUCAAUGAGAGAGGCUAUGUCAACAGGCAGCUGGAGAAGUGGCAGAAGGAAUACAACCUGAAGUACGUGGACCUGAUCGAGGAGCAGCUGAAUGAGGCUCUCACCACGUACCGCAAGCCUGUCGAUGGAGACAACUACGUACGGCGAAGCAACCAAAGGUUACAAAGACCAAAUGUUUACCUUCCUGUGCACCUGUAUGGGCAGCUGGUCCAUGACAAGACUGGAUGUCACCUGCUGGAGGCUCAGAGUGUAGUUCCUGACCUGAGCUACACGGUGCGCUCCCCAAUGCUGCACAACUGGGAGGGCAUCAAGCAGCUGAAAGCUGCAUUGUGGGCCUUGGGUAACAUUGGCUCCUCCAACUGGGGUCUGAACCUCCUCCAGGAGGAGAAUGUUGUCCCAGAUAUUGUGGCUCUGGCUCAGCACUGUGAGGUUCUCUCCAUCCGUGGUACCUGCCUUUAUGUGCUGGGCCUCAUCUCCAAGACCAAGCAGGGCUGUGAAGUGCUGAAGCAGCACGGAUGGGAUGCGGUCCGCCACAGCCGGCGCCAACUGUGGCCCGUCGUGCCAGACGAGCUGGAGCGGCAGCUACCCAGCGAGCUGUCUUCGGUGCCGAGCACCCUCAGCCUCAACUCCGAGUCCACAAGCUCGCGGCACAACAGCGAGAGUGAGUCCACACAGCCCAGCAUGUACAUCCUGGAUGACGAGAAGUGUGAGGUGCUGGAGCUCGCAGAGGAGCUGCCCCUGUAUGUGCGGCCGAAACCCCAGAAGGAUCGUGGCCCCUUUACCCUCCUGGCCUCCAGCGGCUUCGUCCGUCGGCGUCUGCUUAGCUCGCUCACACUUCCCACCAAGAAGCUGCGCAGUGCCAGUGACCCGAAGAGCACUGCAGGCAGCAAGGGGCCCGGGGAGGUGAAGCCGGGGAGCUCACGGCGCACCCGUACGGUCACUGAGCCUGCUGAGCUCUCUCUGGGGCAGGGUGACACCUACACCCCCGUUUUCAACGGUGGCCGUCUGCCCGUGAGCCCCUCGGUUGUGGAGACCUCUUUCCUUGGCUGCCGAGUUACUGAGGAACGGGGAGGCAGCACAGUUAUCGCGGAGGGGGAGCUCCGGCUGCCCAGGGGUGGACCAGGCCACGUGGGCGAGAGCCACCGGGAGCGUGGCAGCCGUGAGCGAUUGGCUGGCGACGGGUCUUCGUCCUCGUCUUCCGGUGGGGGCGGGGCCCAGUUCAAGAGCCGGAGCCAGAGCUUCAACACGGACACGACGACGAGCGGCAUCAGCUCGAUGAGCUCGAGCCCAUCCCGUGAGACUGUCAGUGGAGUGGACUCAUCCGCCGGCGACACAGACUGUGUGAGCCUGGACACGGUGGUGAGCGCACGCACUGUGCGCACUCUCUACUCGCUCACACCGCAGUCCAGCCACCUUCCGCUGUCCAAGUCGAGCUCGGCGUCACUGGUGCCACCCGGUUCCUCACACACUCUGCCGCGCCGUGCCCAGUCGCUCAAGUCCCCCUCAGUGGCGGCCAUCCGGAGCCUGGCGGACUGCAGCUUUGUGUACACGAGCCCUCGUGACGCGCUGGGCUAUGCGACGCUCAAACGCCUGCAGCAGCAGCGCAUCCACCCUUCCCUGUCGCACAGCGAGGCACUGGCCUCUCCCGCCAAGGAUGUGCUCUUCACCGAUACAAUCACCAUGAAGGCUGGUAGCCUGGACUCAAGACUCACACCUCGCAGGUUCCUGAAGGCGCUGAGCUUCGCUUCCCUGGACAAGGAGGAGCUGCUGAGCCCCAUCAGCCAGACCACGCUGCAUCGCUCCUCCUCCGUGCGCUCCAUGGUCUCCAGCGCCACCUACGGGUGCUCCGACGACUACAUUGGUCUGGCGCUGCCCAUGGACGUCAGUGACAUGUUCCAGGUGAAGGAAACGCCAUACUUCCAGCAGACCACGAGCCCGGCUGCCGAGGACAAAUCGUCCCGUUUCUGUAUUGGCGAAUCAGACGGUCCGCGCUCUGCACCUCCUCCGCUUCGGCAACAAAUCAGCAUCACGGAACUGGUGACGGGUGGGCGGGGCGACCCACAGUCAUCAUUGCCGGCGACGGAGGAGACGGGGCUGCAGGAGCACCGUGAUGACAACUGCCUCUACUGCGUGGGUCUACAGUUGCUGGGCAGCAAUUCCCAGAGCCAGGCAGACCCCACACACAGCCGCACAGACUUUGGUGAUGUUUCGUACUCAGACUGGUGCAGCCAGCCAGUCCACAGCCACCUGGAGGUCACGCCCCAGUCCAAGUUCUCCGGAAUCUCGGGCUGCAGCGAUAUGUCCCAGGGCUCUGCCUGCGGCACGCCUAACGCACAGCUCGUCCUGGGGGGAAGACCCAUCACUGAGGAUGCCCCAGCCUGCAGGGCUCUGCUGAGGAAGGAGGUGCUACGGCUCGUGGUGAACCUCAGCUCCUCCGUAGGAACCAAGGGCCACGAGACAGGCCUGCUCACGAUCAAGGAGAAGUUCCCCUAUGCGUUUGAUGACAUCUGCUUGUACUCUGAGGUUUCCCACCUGCUUGCCCACUGCAUGUUCCGCCUGCCCUCACGCCGCUUCAUCCAGGAACUCUUCCAGGAUGUCCAGUUCACGCCGCUGUACGAAGAAGCUGAGGCUAUCCUCAUUGCCCCAAAGCAGGCUGCUGUGGAUUCCUCCUGCUCUGAAUGCUGACUUUGCCACCACCUGCCAACCUCUCGGUCUCACCACAUCCUCAAACCCCUCUUUCAAAACCCAGAUCUUCUUGAAGGGGGGCCGGGGUGGAACCACCCUCUCUGCACAGGAUCUGUGACCUUUUCUGUGUCACCAACAUUGAACCCACCAUCUACGAACCAUCCAUCCAAAGACCCUGCUCAGAUGGAUGGCUUAAUGGAGGACAGGAGUUGUAAGGUGGGAGGGAUCAUGGUUGGACUCCUGCAGCCUAGAGAGAUGGGGAUUUAUGGACUUUUGUGAGCUACACCCAACCACGACCCUCCACACAUGUACACUUGUUAUGGUCCUCAAAGACUUUUAGGGUUGGGGCCACAGUCUUUUCACCAAAUCUUGCUUUCUGACCAACGAGCGGCGUAGAAACUCUGAAUGAUCGGUGUACAUGCUAAGAAACUCAAGUGGAAUGGAAGCAGAAGAACGUGACAGAUGGCACACAGACCAGGCAAAAGGACCAGACAUCCUCUGGUUGUGUCAUCUUGUGGUGUUAUCCCAUUUUGGAGAGAUGGAUGUACUGUUACCCCUCUGGAAAGUUUCUUUUCUUUUUUUCUUUUUUCCCCCCCUUUCCUCCUGAGGGAUUUUCUUCCCUUUGAGUUUGAAACACUACAGCAGGUUCCACAGCCCACUGAAGCUCCAGCGGGUGGGGGGGGGAAGGCUAAUGUCACUUCCAGCCUUUAGAUCAAAGAACCCUUGUAUGUUUCUUCUCCUUUCCGUUUGUGUUCUGUCCUCGCGUCUAUCCGACAAUCAACGGCCCAUGACUUUGGCCGCUGUGGCGCCGGCCCCCGUCUCCACGCGAGGCGCAGUGCUGAUGACCACGUGCCUGCUUCCUACUGCAUCUCUUGUCUUGUUGUUGAUUUCUCUGGAAUUUUCCAUAGCAGGAAGGAGAGACAAAAAAGCCAAAUUUGUAAGCCAAAUUUCCUUAGAGAUGUUGAUUCCUGUAGGCAGCGGAUAGUUUUCAAGCCAUGGGAACAGAAUAAUUUGAGCUAGUUUAAAUUUCUAUGUCUCCUUGCUUCUGCCGUGUGUCCUUGGGUGGUGCGUAGUUCCGUAUCCUGGUACCGUCCAUGAGCACCAGCCUCUGGAGAGGACACCGAUGAUCACCUUUCAGCUGGAGAGCCACAGCGAUGGUGUGCCUGGGUCUCCGGGUUUCAUUAGAAGUUCAGCGUUAUUCCUUCCCCUCUGCGUGGUUAAGGUGACACGGCAACAUUAUUGACGUAUCUUCUAUGCAAUGAUCUCCUAAAUAAAAGAAACCAGAGGGAGUUGUUUUGAGGAGAUGGAAGGACAAGGGGUUUACAACAAAGUGGCUGGACCAUCAUGCUUUAGUCUUUCAGCUUUUUUUUUUUUUUUUUUUUAAGGUAACUUUUUAGUUAUAAUGCAGUGGAUGGAACAUGGAGCUGUUUAAAAAAUUUUAAUUUAUUUUAGUUUCUAAUGAAUUCAAGUCGCCGGUACUUCCGUCAAGUGGUUUGGCCUCGUAUGCGAUGCAUGACUUUGAUCCCGGAACUUCCCAGGGAAUCUUGCUGCGGCGGAGUGCGCUCGUCCCGCGUCCUGCGGGAUUGCCGUUGGAUGUCCCUUUUCCAAAAAAGAAAGACUUGCUGUUGCUUUGCUUGCAGCAUUAAUGUCGCAGUGUGUCCGGGGCCCUGUGGCCGAAGGCGUCUCCAAGACCGGGUGCGUUGUUGCCAUAGCGAUGCGUCCGGUGUAAAGGGGAGCCUGGGAGAUCAUGUUACUUUAGCAGAUUAAGAGUAUGGCAUCGUCGGACUGUGCUGUAGUGUGGAGUCCGGCCAGGGGUUUGCUUUACAUUUAUGAAGGGGCAAACUCGCUCUGCUGGUGAUGAGCCAACGAUGAGACCCCAGUUUGGGACUGGGAGAAUAAAACCACCUGAAACACGGGGUGAAGCACUGUAUAGUUGAGCAGAGGCUUACCGUGUGAGUAAUUCCAGAGUAAAUCCCAAGGAAUACCCAAGUCUGCAACGUUUCUCCUGAGGAGCUUGUGAGGAACCUCCAAACGGACUUCUGGAGGACUUUCAGAGGACCUCGCUGGUGUAACUACAGAGAGACUUGUGAAGAAAGGUGCUUCUGGGUCGGCUGUUACUGACGCGUUGCACUCCUCUUCCUUCUCCUGCCAUCCAAGCUCGAGCUACACAACAGCAUGUGUCACUUGCAUGAGCGGUGUCAACAACAGUGUCACACCUUAGAGUUGCUUCACUCUUAAAAACUGGCCCCAGCUAAUUUAUUCCAUCUGAAGUCUAUAAUUUCAUUGUCUGCUCCCCUGAAUGAUAAAGAUCAUCGUGGGGAACGGAAUGAAGAGACGGCCUCUGAACGGGGGAAUGAGCAACAUGAUAUGGAAAUGUAAUAUUCAGAAUUAAUUUUGAGUCUCUGUAGUUGAGGCCUGGGGAGGGCAGUUUAAUCAGUUCAGUACUGGGGAGGGGUGGUCCCUUUGUUUCAUUUCUUUUUUGUUUUUUUUUUUUUUUUUUUGUUUUCUUAAUAUGCUGCUACACAUGUGAGUUUGUAGUGAGUACUUCUAGAUCUCUGAAGGGGCGUCAGACCUGAUCUAUAUUAUAUAUCUGUACCAUAGCUGAGUGAGAGAGAAAGAUUAAAGAAGAAUAAACUAUUUAUAUUUUUUCCUUAAAUAUUUCAUGAAGCUGUGUAUAAUUUAAGAUAAUUUUUGUUUGUUUGUUUUUUUUUUUUUUUUUUCCUUCUUCUUUUGCCCAGAUUGUGGUUUCCCAUGUAAAAAUGUGUACAGUACAUUUUGGGGCAUUACAAACCUCAAGAAGCAUACAAUCUUAUCAAAGGGAUUACAAUGUUAAUAAAAUAUACAUCAACUUCCCAGAAUCCUUUGUGCAGCCUGU